AUGUUCCGAAGAGGAGCUAUCACCAUCUCUGUGUUUGCUAAUUCCACCACCAUGGUCGGGUGGUGCCGCCCACGCCGCAGGCUGAUGAGACGGAAGAGUAGAACAAUUAGGUUGGGAAACAAACAUCGGAGGCUGUGUCUGAGGUGGCGACCCACAGUGCAGUGGCGGGUGGUGGCAUGUCCGUUUGUGAUAUUGAAGAAGUUCAUCAUGAAAAUGGUGUCCGAAGGUCGGUUUAUGGAAGCUUAUUAUUUAUCGCUGCCGAUCCUCCGGCCCCAGCUAUUCCCUCUGUGUUGA